UUAUUGGCCGUAGUUUAGCUCUCGGGGUAGCAGUUGACACUUGUCAGGCUCAAAGUCUGUCAGAGACUGCUACUGGGAUCAUCAUGUCCCGAUGUCACGACCAUGGAACCACUUUUAUUUUUAUGAAAGGGACCAUUCCUUCCGUGACCUUCGCGGAGUGCCGUUCUUGCCAUAUAUAUAUCUCUUUACUAUCCAUCCAUCCACUUAUUUAUCUACCGCAUUAUCGAGAUAUCGCCGGAUCCCACAAACAAAGCAAAUCCCCUUCUUUGUUCGCUCGACGUGUUCGACAAAGUACUUUGUGCCACCAGGAAAUAAAUUGUGGUCCACUGGGAGCGGCGAUGUGAGAGGCCAGAUCCACCCACAGACAACCCCCUAGCAGGCCCUAACGGAGACUAACUUUGACGCCGGUCUGCCGCUGGGCCGCGAUCGGCACCCCGUCCAUGGCUCAGAAAAA